AUGGACAAUCCAAUCACAAACCCAAGCGACACCGGCAUCGCGAUCCAUUGGAUCCCCCGAAGCGACAUUGCCAUCUUUAUCCGAGCCCUCCAUCUACUAAACCUCGACCUACUUCCAGAUUUCCCCGGUAUAUCUGAGUCGACGUUCACCAGCAACAAUGUGUCGCUAUCACAGUCACACAUCUCGACCGCCGCCGGCAAUGCGACUGCCACCGCUUCUAAAUUACCAUCCUCCAGAUCGGCUAAUCCUAAUCAUAAACACACAUCCACAUCUACGUCUACGUCCAAGGUGACAACACAAAACGCCCCUCCAUCUACAUCCCGCGUCAAAGCCAUCGAAUGGUGCCUCUACCGCCUAUUCGAGAUCUUGAAUCCCGAAGGAACACGCGCAAAACUAGCAGCCUACUUCCCGCCCACGACGCCCAGCCAUUCUCUAAAUCUCCGGGCCGCACUGUACAAGUGGCUAACCGAACUGAAAAAGGAUGGCUCUCUUCCACGAGAGACGGUCCUGCGAAAGACCAUGCUGGAUGAGUGUAAAGGCGAAAAGUUUGAUGAGUUGAUGGCGAGGUUUGCAAUGUUUGUGGUACGACGUAGCCUGACAAACGCCGCGUCAGGCAAGGACGGUGUUGUCUCUGUCGUCAAGGGCAAGCAACCACCAGCGCAAAUAACUGCACCAGUAGCGACAGAAGCACAAUCAAACCCAAAGUCAAGAGCAAGACCAAUAACAGUGGUCUCUCGCCAUCUCAAGGAAGACCAGACUCAAAAUCAAGAUCAAAUCCCGCAUUUAAUCCUCGCCUACCGAGUCUCACUGCACCAAACCCUCCUCAGACGUCAAGCUCUUCGCCAAAAGGCAACGACAGCCGUUACCGAACUGGACCGACUUCAACAUGAUAUCAACAGAAGGCUACAGGCGGUGGCAUCAUCAGAACCAAACGACAACUCUGAAGAAUUUGAAUUGUCAGAGCAGGAAUACGACGCGCUGAAAGAUCAAAUUUACCAUGCGUUCGCUGCUGAGCGCCAUCAGAAAGCAGAGUCCGCCCUGGACAAGAAGCAAUGA